AUGAAACUCUUUAUUUUAGUGUUUAUAAUUGGUGUAAUAUAUUGUGGACGGGAAGAGGAAGAGGCGGCUAUCGAUGUGAUUACCGCCAGUUAUGAGAGAUAUGGCAAUGGAGUCGAAGCACCGGAAAAGUUGGAAAUCAUUAAAGAGAAGUGCAAUGAAUUGGGCAAUGCUAUGGGCACCGGUAGACUUUUCUGGGAUAUAGUAACCGGCUUGAAAUGGGCAGGUUACCUCAAACCAAAAAUCCGAGAAGUGAUUCUCGAGAGUCCUACCAUUCAAUUCUAUGAAAAAAUUAAUUUGUUCUGCACACUGCCCGAGGACAAAAUGCUGAAAUAUACCCCGAUUAUAAACGCUAAAUUGGCCGACACUAAAAAACUCCGUGACCGUUUCCUUGGAUACCUAGAAGAUACUACAAAGCAGUCGAGAGUUAACAUGGGCGAAGUAGUA